GGCGGCCCUCGACAGCGCGAGGUGGGGCGGUUAGUGUGCCGACUCGCGCGCUCCGCUCCACGCGCCCGCGCCGCUCCAGUCACCACGCGUUUGAAAAUCGAACGCGCGAUGUGCUAAGUCUUUGUGGCCAGUAUUAUAGUGCAACCAUUUUUGUUUGGAUUUUUUAGUGAUAGUGCAAAAUGGAAAACGUUUCACCAAUAAAUCGUGAGGAGCCUCGGGAAGAAGAUGCUUCAGUGGAGGCGUUACAGCUAGUCAAAAACGAAGAGAGAGUGGAAGAGCAGAACAUUGAGGCUACUCCUGCGGAGCAGUCCCCCGCGGUGGGCAGGCCGCCGUCGCCGCUGCCGCAUUCCCAGUCCGUCAUCACGUCGCGGCGGUCCGUCCGGACCAUCACUGCGGCCGGACACAUCACAGAAACCCCAGAGCUUGCCGAUGAAGGCGUUAAGGACGAGCCACCUGAACCCUCUCAGCUCGAACAAGAACAAUUACACUACGCACCAAAGCUUGAAGAUAACCCUGACGCCAGAGACGUUGCUCAACAGCAUUAUGACGAAGAGAGAUUGAGACUAGCCGAAGCCGAGUCAGAGGCCCGGCACCAUGCUUACAAACAAGAAUCAUAUCGGUCUAUACCAUCUCCUUCGUCAAUUGAUAAAAGGUUGCAGCAACAAUAUAGAAUCCCUCAGAGACCCGACUACAGACGAAACUUGACGUUCCGUUAUGGCGCACCGCAUCAAGUGUUGGUUGGUCAGGAGGGCGAAGCUGAUGAGCAUGCGCAUGAAGCGUUCCUGGCGCACAAGGAGAAGGCAGAGCAUUUACAAGUGUAUGCUUCGCCAGCGGAAGGCGUGCCCACGUCCGACGGGAGGCAGUACGGGGCGGUUCUCAGCGAGCAGGUGGCGGCGUCCAGUGCCUUGGAGAUGAUCCAGACCACGUCUUUGAGCAACCAGCAGGCAGUGGGCGUGGCGUACCAGCCCGUGAAGUACGAGGCGCGCGAGGGCGAGCCGCGGCCGAGCACGUACGCCAGCCUGCAGCCGGUGACGUCGGUGCACGGCGGCUACAGCUACGCCGGCCAGAGCCCGCAGUACGGCGGCGCCGGGUACAGCGCCUACGUCGGCGGCAGUAAGGAGCUGCUAACUCUGUACGGCGGCGGCGCGCCCCCGGGGCCGGGCCCCGCGGCCGGCGCGCCGCGCGGCGACGAGUCCCCGCCGGGGCAGCUGCUGUACCGCAGCGACCCUACCCUCUCCUCCUCCUCGCUCACGGCGCGGGGGCACGUCGUGUACGGCUCCGUGGUGCCCCCCACCCAGGCCGUGUAUGAAGCACCACCUAGCCCUAAUUCACAGCAGGUGACGCUGUACACACACGGGAACACGGUCCAAUACAAAGUGGGGGGAGAACACUACCUGAGCCAGGGCGGGGGGGUGGAGUACGUGCCGGUGUCGGGCUACGACGGCGGCCUGCUCGUCACGGAGGGCUACGCGGCGCCCGCGCAGGCCUGGUCCACGCACAACCUGCUCGACGAUGGAUUCGACCCCGGUAUGGCAAGUAUCGGCGAGAUGAAGGAGUGCGUGAACUGCGCGGCCGGCAACACGCCGCUGUGGCGCCGCGACGGCACGGGCCACUACCUGUGCAACGCGUGCGGGCUCUACACGCGCAUCAACGGCGUCAACCGGCCUCCGCUCAAGGGACAGAAGGCCAAGCCUCAACAAUCUCUGCAGCCCACCAACGGCAACCGGCGCGUGGGCGUGACGUGCGCCAACUGCCGCACCGCCAACACCACGCUGUGGCGCCGCAACAACAACGGCGAGCCCGUCUGCAACGCCUGCGGGCUCUACUACAAGCUGCACAACGUGAACCGGCCUCUCAGCAUGAAAAAGGACGGCAUUCAAACCCGAAAGCGUAAGCCCAAGAGCAUGGGCGGCGGUCACAGCGGCCACGUGGGCCGGCCGGGCGCGCCGCUAACCGUGGAGGGUCACGCACAUAAGGUGCUGCCUCCGCUGUACGCGGCGGUGGAGUCGGCGGGCGCGGGGGGCGCGGGAGGCCAGCCGCUGCUGCUGCUGCCGCCCGCCAGGCACCAAGCCGAUAUGGUACCCUCGCUAGAGCGCGCCGGGCCCUCCACGCCGCUGCACUACCGCCCGCCCUAACAGCGCAACGCAACGCAAUGCGACGCAACAUAACGCAAUGCAACGCAUGCCACGCCAGCAAGCGCUGCCAUGCUGUGUAAAUAACUCCCGAGUGGCGAGCCCAGUUAACUCUUAUCACAUUGCGUAUAACGCACAUGUGAUAUUCUGUACAUAAAUUAAAGUUAUCGGAUGGGAGAACUUCCUAUAAUAUAGACUUAUAAAUCUUUUUAGGAAAAUAAAACCUACCUACAAUUUUAGUUAAACAACCGCCAAAUACUUACGAGUAUUUGGCGGUUGUUUAACUAAAAUUGAAUAGAUAGAACCUGCGAAACAAUAAUUAUAUACUUACUUACCUACUUACUACUAAUUAGAAUGCACUAGGUACUCUUUAUCUACUGAGAUUAAACAAAAGGGCACCACAGAUACUUAAAGAGAAUUUUUUUUGUUUCCUGAAAACUUUUGUAGAAAUUAUUAAAAUAAUUUUUAGUUAGAUACCUACACAUAAAUAAAUAUAUAUUUUUCUGGUCGUCUCUCUCAAUUUUCUAGAACCCCUUUUUUAGCAGUGAACGACUGAUAAAAUCAUAAAUAUAAAGAAUGUCACACAACAAUUAUACGCGGCGAUGGAAAAUCCUCGCGUUUAUUCUGGGGUUUAUUUAAUUGUAGUCAUUUGCUCUGCAAACACGGCGCUGAGGCGACGCGCGCGCCGUCUUCCAUAUCCUUUGUGUGAACAACCAAUGUAUGUACAUACUUUAAAAGUUUUUUUAUAGUAUUCAGUAGUUAAUAUUAAUUUCAUUUUAGGUAAAACUCGGGUAACGUUAUGUAAUAAAUAUAAUGUAAGUAGUUUAAUAUAUGAACGUCCAAAGAACAAAUGUGUGCAUUUCAUGUGUAGCUGUAGACCAAUGUAUAUCUGUAAGAUAAAUUAUAAGAAUAAUGAAACGAAUUUAUUAUUUAUUAAAAUAAUAAUAAAUAAGAUUGUAAGACUUGAUUGACAAACAGAGAUUGUAGUGAUGUUACGCCAAGGUAUUUAUUUGUACAUGAUUUUUCAUCCGUAAAUAAAUAUCUUCAUUUAUAUCUAUACAAGUAUACAUCUUCUCAAUUCUUUUAGUAAAAUGCAUACCGUAAAGAAAAAGGGAAACGUUUAAUUUUUUAUCAUAAAAUCACGUCUAUAUUUUUUACUGGCCAAAAGUCUCGCAAAGACUGAAAAAGCCAUGUUCAGGUGUGUAAUCUUUAGAAAAUAAAAUAUACAUUUAACAAUUUGUACGUAAUCGGUUUCUGUAAAAAUCUGUUUGUUAUUUCAACGACGGAGAGUGGUUGAUAUACUAAGUAAAAUUAUUUGUAAUUUGUGUGUAUACUGUACUUUAUAAUAAGAGACAUUGUUUUUA